GCAAGAAUGCCGGUGUGGCGGUUUGCGCCUCCGCAGAGCUCAGGAGGAGCCACAGGUGGCAGGGAGCAGAAAAUAAAAACAAGCCGCCUGCAGGACGGCAGCGGGGAGGAACUCGGGUGUGAGCUGCCAUGGCGUUUGCGGAGUUGCUCUUCGUGUCUGUCGGGGCAGCGGUCGUCUUGUUUUAUGGGUCUAAACUCCUGAGCCUGGUGAAGAUGGCUUUCGCCAGGAUGUGGUCCCCACUACCUAACUCUUUCUUCACCUCCUUGGGUCAGUGGGCGGUGAUAUCUGGGGGAUCUGAUGGCAUCGGGAAAGCAUAUGCAGUUGAGCUGGCAAAGCAUGGAAUGGACAUAGUACUCAUGAGCAGAACUCUGUGGAAGCUGGAAAAAGCCGCGCAGGAAAUAGGGGCUCUGACUGGGCAACGGGUGAAAAUCAUCACAGCCGACUUCACUAAGGAUGACAUUUAUGAGCACAUAAUGGAGAGCCUGAGGGGCUUAGAAGUUGGUGUUCUAGUGAACAAUGUGGGGAUGCUCCCUAGUGCAAAAGCUUGCCUGUUCCUUGAGCAAGAAGACUUGGCCCAGAAAAUCACAGAUUUGAUCAACUGUAAUGUAAAGAGUUUAACAGAGAUGUGCAGGGUAGUCUUACCAGGGAUGGAAAAAAGGAAGAGAGGAUUAAUUCUCAACAUUUCAUCUGGUGUGGCUUAUGUUCCUUGGCCGAUGUACUCUAUAUACGGAGCGUCAAAGGUUUUCGCAGAGAGAUUUUCUCGUGGUCUCCAAGCUGAGUACAAAGCAAAAGGAAUCAUAAUCCAGACGGUGACCCCCUUUGGAGUCUCCACGGCAAUGAGUGGUUACCAAGAGCCCAACUUAGUCACAUUUACGGCAGAGGAGUUUGUGAGGACGUCUCUGAAUUACGUGAUGACAGGAGACCACACGUAUGGCAGCAUCUCUCACUGGAUCCUGGGUUCUAUCAUUGGAAACAUCCCAAAGAAAAUCUUCCAUAGUGAUGUCAUGCAAGAAAAAAUGGAGGCUUAUAUUAACAGAAGAGUCAGAACUCAGGCUCAUAAAAAUGACAUUUAAAACAACAGCAUUUGAGAAGUUUCAUAAAGGUUUGCUGCUCUGGAUGGUUGAAUAAUAGGUACAAUUUCUCAGUCGAUUCAGCCUUGUCAGUAUAUGCGGUGGAAUAUUAUCGCUAUGAUGCAGAAAAAUGUUUUACGAAUUUUAAAACUUACUGGCCAUUUUAGACUGGUUUUGAACUGAUUUGCUAUAUUUUAAUUUUUUUGAUGGUUAGGUGUAGAAAAGCGAUCACAAGUCCAAUCAAUGUUGGCUUUUUUAAUCAUGAACUCAGGGAAAACAGAAUCCAUGCAGUUAAUUACAUAAUUGUGUUGCGGAAGCAAAGCAGAGGAUUUCCUGGUAGGAGCUUCCUUUCAAAUAAAAGUUUAAUGUGAAAAGGAAAUAUUUCUGUAGAUCAGUGCAGGUAACUUAUGAGGCAGUGCUGUACGCGGUUGGGAUAAUUCCCACAAUGAUUGUGACCGAGAGCGCGUUGACCUUGGAGGUGAACUCCUCGGCCGAGGCUGACAAGAUGUUAUAUAAAUAUUUGUUUAAAGUUCGGUCACAUCGAGCAGCCUUCUGCACCUGACCAGCCGGUUCAGCACGGAGCCCUUGGGAAACACAGAGCAAAAACAAAACCUCAUCGUGAGGGUUCAGAGAGCCAGUGGGCCAUGGGAAUAAAAAUUUCCUCAGGUUGCUCUAAAGGAUAGGGGGCACAGGGUUGUUCCUUUGGGCCUUUUGCCUCCCUCCUAGGUUCCUGCCAUACAGCACAUUUGCAGACAGCCAACCUACACACACACACAACUUUCCCCUCAACCUGUCUAGAUCUUUCCUGCUGAACCACUUGUCCCACAUUUACAUACGUUUAUAUUUAUUCGUUUAGCUGACACAUUCCUC